AUGGCCGCCGCCGCCACGUCCACCUCGCGCCUCCUCCUCCUCCACCCCGCCGCGGGAUCGAAUCACCAUCGCCAUCGCCAACAGAAGCAACUCAGGUAUUCCUCCAAGCCAUCUUCUCUCGCUCUGCUGCCCCGCGGCGGCGGCGGCGGCUCUGGUUGCCGCCUGUGGCCGCCGGUCGGGGCGCUGCUGCCCGACCGGGUCACCCCGUUCUCCUAUGGGAGAGGCGGCGAGGAGGACGACGGCUCCGACGACCACCCGCGCGAGGAGUGCGGGCUGGUGGGGGUCGUGGGGGACCCCGACGCGGCGUCGCUCUGCUACCUCGGCCUGCAGAAGCUGCAGCACCGCGGGGAGGAGGGGGCCGGUAUUGUCGCCGUGGGGGGCGACGGGAAGCUCAAGUCGGUCACUGGGCUGGGGCUUGUCGCCGACGUGUUCGGUGACCCCGCACGGCUGGCGUCGCUCCCGGGCCCCGCCGCCAUCGGGCACGUGAGGUACUCCACGGCCGGCGCCGCCGCGUCGCUGCGGAACGUGCAACCGUUCCUGGCCGGGUACAGGUUCGGGCAGGUCGCCGUGGCGCACAACGGGAACCUCGUCAACUACCAGGCGCUGCGGAACAAGCUGGAGGCGCGGGGCUCCAUCUUCAACACGUCGUCGGACACGGAGGUCAUCCUCCACCUCAUUGCGACGUCGCUGUCGCGGCCGCUGCUCUCGCGCAUCUGCGACGCGUGCGAGCGUCUCGCGGGGGCGUACUCGCUGCUGUUCCUGACGGCCGACAAGAUGUUCGCCGUGCGCGACCCGCACGGCUUCCGCCCGCUGGUGCUCGGCCGCCGCCGCAACGGCGCCGUCGCGUUCGCGUCGGAGACCUGCGCGCUGGACCUCAUCGAGGCGACCUAUGAACGUGAGGUGGAGCCAGGGGAGGUGGUCGUCGUCGACCGCCGCGACAUGUCCGUCUCCUCGGCCUGCCUCGUCCCGCACCGCCCCCGCCGCUCCUGCGUCUUCGAGCACAUCUACUUCGCCCUCCCCAACUCGGUCGUGUUCUCGCACGCCGUUCACGAGCGCCGCACCGCUUUCGGCCGCGCGCUAGCGGAGGAGUCCCCCGCCCCGGGCGCGGACGUGGUCAUCCCGGUGCCGGACUCGGGGUUCUACGCCGCGCUCGGGUUCGCGCGCGCGUCGGGGCUAGAGUUUCAGCAGGGCCUCAUCCGGUGGCACUACAGCGGUCGCAGCUUCAUCCAGCCGACGCAGGCCAUCCGCGACCUCGCCGUGAAACUCAAGCUGGCCCCGGUGCACGGCGUGAUCCGUGGCAAGAGCGUGGUGGUGGUGGACGACUCCCUGGUGCGCGGCACCACCUCGAGCAAGAUCGUGCGGCUGCUCCGCGACGCCGGCGCGCGCGAGGUGCACAUGCGGAUCGCGAGCCCGCCAGUGGUGGGCUCCUGCCUGUACGGCAUCGACACGCCCAGCGAGGGGGAGCUCAUCUCCAACCGGAUGGACCUGGAGGGCGUGCGCCGCGAGAUCGGCAGCGACUCGCUCGCCUUCCUCUCGCUCGACAAGCUCCACAGCAUCUAUGGCGCCGAGGCGGAGGGCUACUGCGACGCCUGCUUCUCGCGCAAGUACCCCGUGCUGCCCACGCUGCCGGAGCCGGUCAUGGAGGUCGAGGAGUGAACUGGUCACACUGGAGAGUGGUUGGUUACCUCAUCGAGCAGGUGAGAUCUGCUCUGCUGCUCUACGGCUCCUCUGCAUCCGUCGGCUUCAAUAGGGAUCAUCAGAUUUUGUAUGGACAUGGAAAUUUUGGUGCUGUUAGUAUAUUUGGUCAGGAAUUUUUAUCACGGUGCUGAAUUACUGAUGAGAUCGAUCUUUCGAUAGGGCUAAGCCGGAUAAAGCUCCAGUCUUUGUUUGAGUGUGUGUUUAGCUCCAGUGCUUUACAUGUUUACGCCGAAUUGCUGUGGUGGCUUGAGAGCUGAGAACAUCAGAUGCUUGCUUGUGUGCCUUGAGCUACUGGCAAUUAUCCCCAUCAAAUUUCUGAGGCUUUUCAAGUUUGCCAUCA